AUGGAACUGCCGUUGCUAGAUAAAUUGAAAGUUAGGGAUUUGGUUGAUAAGAGAUUUUCGCAUCUUUUCGAAACGGUCUCACUUCUGUCUGGAGAUAAUGAGGAAGAUAACGAAGACCAACUACGACUUAAAAACAGCAUAAAGAAUCUAAGGGAACAUCUUACGGAAAAGGAAGAGGAAAUAAGGCAACUACAUGAUGUUAUUAGUGUAAAAAAUCGAGAUGCUGAGCGUUUGAAUGACGAAUUGAUCAGCAUCAACAUAGAAAACAAUCUUUUACAGGAAAGGUUGACACACAUUCAAGCAGAAUAUGACACCUUGAUUGAACGAUGGUUACUAAAAGCACAAAGAGAGGCCGAUAUCAUGAAUACGAGACUUAAAUAG